CCUGGCAAUAUAAAUACAGCUGCGCACUUUUAUCAUCAGAAACGUGUUCACAACGUUAUAAUAUAGCAGUCAACGCGCGAGAAAAUCACUUUAACAGCUACUCAAGUGUUACAAGUUUUCUUUCGUUGUCACUGGUUUUCUCAUUUUGACAAUGCCAUUUCUUGGACAGGACUGGCGGUCUCCUGGUCAAAGCUGGGUGAAAACCGAGGACGGCUGGAAAAAAACGACGAAAGAUGAGAACGAGACGAAUAACAAUGUUUCGGAACGGAAGAGCUACUGCAAAGAAGAGCAUGACAAGGAGAAUUUGAUCCUCAGCAUUAAUUAUGAUGUGGCGGCAAAGAAGCGAAAGAAGGACUUGCUGAACAACAACACAAAGAUGCCUUAUUUUCACAAAGACAAAUGGAUUUAUGUCCACAAAGGGAGCACCAAAGAGCGUCAUGGAUAUUGUACUCUGGGUGAAGCAUUUAAUCGCUUGGACUUCUGCAGUGCCAUCAAGGACACCAGGCGAUUCAAUUAUGUCGUAAGGCUGCUGGAGCUGAUCGCCAAGUCCCAACUGCCUUCACUGAGCGGAGUGGCACAGAAAAACUACAUGAACAUUCUGGAAAGGGUUGUGCAGAAAGUUCUUGAGGAUCAGCAGAAUGUUCGACCGAUUAAGGAACUGCUCCAGACGCUAUAUGCGUCGUUGUGCAGUCUGGUUCAGGACAUGGGCAAGUCUGUCCUGGUGGGGAACAUCAACAUCUGGGUGCAUCGCAUGGAGAACAUACUGCAGUGGCAACAGCAGCUUGACAACAUUCAGAUCAAUAGGCCCACGAACACAGGAAUGACCUUCCUUGAUCUUCCAGCUAGCUUACAGCUGAACAUCAUGCACUGUCUCUCAGACGGACGAGAUCUGGUCAGCCUGGGACAAGUAUGCCCUGACCUAAGUUUGCUGACAGAAGAUCGGCUGCUGUGGAAGAAACUCUGCCAGUAUCACUUCUCAGACAGACAGAUCCGCAAGCGCCUAAUGGUGUCAGAUAAAGGACAUUUGGAAUGGAAAAAUAUGUAUUUUAAAUUGUGCCGGUGCUACCCUCACAAGGAACAAUACAGUGACACAUUACAGUUCUGCACACAUUGCCACAUCCUGUUCUGGAAGGAUACAAACCAUCCUUGCACUGCCAAUAACCCAGAGAACUGCUGCAAGGCCGUGUCUCCACAGGGUUUCAUCAAUCUUUUCAAGUUCUAGAGGGCACUGCAUUGCUGGCAUGUAAAUAGUGUUAAUAGUGCAAAGGAUUCCUGGAUGACUUGAGGCGAGGGAAAAAAUGAGGUUGCAUUAGAAGCGGGUGUCAUAAUAUUUUGUGGAGAAGUUGGAAACUGAAUGUUCUCUAAAUAUGCAAGAUGAGAAAUUAAAAAGCUGUGUUGGGGGUCUGUGUAUUUAUGAAGGAUUUAUUUUUUAUUUAUUUAGCAUGGAUCGUGUUUACUCAAAGAAAAGUUACAUUAAGGAUAAGAAAAAGGGUGUUUAAAUUGAUCCUACAUGCAUAAAAAGUUGCCCUUGUGCUGUCAGGAUGCAAUGGUUUCUUCUGUGAAUGUAAUAUAGGUUUGAUUUUUGGCAACACAAACAUUUAUUGUUUGAUUUCAGAUAGCAUAAUUGGUGCUUUAGCAAGUGCAUGGGAAUGUUUACCAAAAUGGCCUUAACACUGGUGUGCAAUACUUUUCUAAGUGCUUUUUUUUUGUUUAGUUUUUUCUGUUUUUCACUUUUAUACAUUUGAUAUUUUCAGUGGUUUGCAAUUUAAACGUGUUUGUUUUUCUAAACAAUAAAUACAUGAGUAUGUUGUAAGCAGAUCUGAGGUGUAAACUUGUCAAAGGUGCCUUAUUCUGAGUGGUCAUAAGCAAAUUUUAAAGCUGUCAUUCAUUUGCAGAUGGUUAUUUCUGAAUAAAUCUUCUAAAUCAUGUUCAUUCAGCUUUAUAUGGGAAUCGAUGAAUAAAGUAUUUCUAUAGA